AAACAAGUGGUCUGUAAACUCUGAAAGCGAUGGGCUUCCGUGGGCCUAAACAGGGGGGUGUGCUCUCGUGCGUGGAUGUGUUAUCUCUGCAAGAAAAGGUCUGAGGAAAUAGGGAAAUAGCAGACCUAUCAGCUCUCAGGUCAGUUCUUAAUUAGUGUCAGGUUGCUUAGUGAGAUAGGAACCAGGCUCAGAGAAUCCAAAGGGGAGGUAGCUCCUGAAGGAUUCGAGACAGCUCUGCAGAGAGAGUGGGCCUGGGGCUGGAUGGAGGUGGGCAGGAAGAGGAAUCAUGUCAGAUACAACAAAAGUUUCUAGAACUUCUUAUUCUUGUGUUGCAGGUGCCAGAAAAGGGUUUUACUUAAAUGCUUCUUACUAAGCACGUUGGCUGAUGUCUGAGAGCGUCCUUUGUACAGGCUUGGUGCCAGUGCUUUGGUGCGUGUUCCCUCCUUGGGAAACCCUGUGAGCUGGAUGUUAUUAUUCCCAUUUCACAGAUGAGGAAACAGGCUUUGAGUGGUUAUGGGAACGGGUGGCCAAGCGGCCAAGCAGCCAAGGUGGGGCCCAGACAGUUGGAUGAGAGCCAGGGUGCUGUCAGCCCUGUGCUGUCUGGUUCCCCUCCACUCCCCGCCCCCGGCCGCCUGGGAUGGAAGCAAAGCAGCAGUUCUCUGGGUUACAAAUCUAUGUUCUUGCCACCCCUAGGGUCUCUGGGGGGUGCCUGGAGAAAGGAGGAUAACGCUUCUUUUUUCUUUCACUUUAGAUAGCAGCUGCCACUGAGAGCUGACAGAACACUGAGGAUGCUGAAGUUCCGAACCAUCCGUGGGGGCCUGAGGCUCCUGGGGAUCCGCCGAGCCUCCACUGCCCCUGCUGCCUCCCCACACGUCCGGCGCCUGGAGUACAAGCCCAUCAAGAAGGUCAUGGUGGCCAACAGAGGUGAGAUUGCCAUCCGCGUGUUCCGGGCCUGCACGGAGCUGGGCAUCCGCACCGUGGCUGUCUACUCAGAGCAGGACACAGGCCAGAUGCACCGGCAGAAAGCAGAUGAAGCCUACCUCAUCGGCCGCGGCCUCGCCCCGGUGCAGGCCUAUCUGCACAUCCCAGACAUCAUCAAGGUGGCCAAGGAAAACAAUGUGGACGCGGUGCACCCUGGCUACGGGUUCCUGUCAGAGCGCGCGGACUUCGCCCAGGCCUGCCAGGAUGCCGGGGUUCGGUUCAUUGGGCCGAGCCCUGAGGUCGUCCGCAAGAUGGGAGAUAAGGUGGAGGCCCGGGCCAUCGCUAUCAGUGCAGGUGUUCCCGUGGUCCCUGGCACAGACGCCCCCAUCACCUCCCUGCACGAGGCCCAUGAGUUCUCCAACACCUACGGCUUCCCCAUUAUCUUCAAGGCCGCCUACGGGGGCGGGGGACGUGGCAUGAGGGUCGUGCACAGCUAUGAGGAGCUGGAGGAAAACUACAACCGGGCCUACUCGGAGGCUCUGGCUGCCUUUGGGAAUGGCGCACUGUUUGUGGAGAAGUUCAUCGAGAAGCCACGCCACAUCGAGGUGCAGAUCCUGGGAGACCAGUAUGGGAACAUUUUGCACCUGUACGAGCGAGACUGUUCCAUCCAGCGGCGGCACCAGAAAGUGGUUGAGAUUGCUCCUGCUGCCCACCUGGACCCCCAGCUUCGGACCCGACUCACCAGUGACUCUGUCAAACUUGCUAAGCAGGUGGGCUACGAGAAUGCGGGCACCGUGGAGUUCCUGGUGGACAAGCACGGCAAACACUACUUCAUCGAGGUCAACUCCCGCCUGCAGGUGGAACACACCGUCACCGAGGAGAUCACUGAUGUGGACCUGGUCCAUGCCCAGAUCCACGUGGCCGAGGGCCGGAGCCUGCCCGACCUGGGCCUGCGGCAGGAGAACAUCCGUAUCAACGGCUGUGCCAUUCAGUGCCGGGUCACCACUGAGGACCCCGCGCGCAGCUUCCAGCCAGACACUGGCCGCAUCGAGGUGUUCCGGAGCGGAGAGGGCAUGGGCAUCCGCCUCGAUAAUGCAUCUGCCUUCCAAGGAGCUGUCAUCUCCCCGCAUUAUGAUUCCCUGCUGGUCAAAGUCAUUGCCCAUGGCAAAGACCACCCCACGGCUGCCACCAAGAUGAGCAGAGCCCUGGCUGAGUUCCGAGUCCGGGGUGUAAAGACCAACAUCCCCUUCCUGCAGAAUGUGCUCAACAACCAGCAGUUCCUGGCCGGCACCGUGGACACCCAGUUCAUCGAUGAGAACCCGGAGCUAUUCCAGCUGCGGCCUGCACAGAACCGGGCCCAGAAGCUGCUGCACUACCUCGGUCAUGUCAUGGUGAACGGCCCAACCACCCCGAUCCCCGUCAAGGCCAGUCCCAGCCCCACAGACCCCAUUGUCCCUGCAGUGCCCAUAGGCCCACCCCCAGCUGGUUUCAGAGACAUCCUGCUGCGGGAGGGGCCCGAGGGCUUCGCUAGAGCUGUGCGGAACCACCAGGGGCUGCUGCUGAUGGACACGACCUUCCGGGAUGCCCACCAGUCACUGCUGGCCACUCGUGUGCGAACCCACGAUCUCAAAAAGAUUGCUCCCUAUGUUGCUCACAACUUCAGCAAACUCUUCAGCAUAGAGAACUGGGGAGGAGCCACGUUUGAUGUUGCCAUGCGCUUCCUGUAUGAGUGCCCCUGGCGGCGGCUGCAGGAGCUCCGAGAGCUCAUCCCCAACAUCCCGUUCCAGAUGCUGCUGCGGGGGGCCAACGCCGUGGGCUACACCAACUACCCCGACAAUGUGGUCUUCAAGUUCUGUGAGGUGGCCAAAGAGAACGGCAUGGAUGUCUUCCGGGUUUUUGACUCCCUCAACUACAUGCCCAAUCUGCUACUGGGCAUGGAGGCAGCCGGCAAUGCUGGCGGUGUGGUGGAGGCCGCCAUCUCCUACACGGGUGACGUGGCCGACCCCAGCCGCACCAAAUACUCACUGCAGUACUACAUGGGCCUGGCUGAAGAGUUGGUUCGAGCUGGCACCCACAUCUUGUGCAUCAAGGUGCCUGGACCCACCUGUCCCAGGAGUCCCCCUGCCCCUUCCCCACCUCUCCCAGCUUCCCCUUCUCCCCCACUAUGUCCCCCUCAUAUCCCCUACCACAUACGUGUCACACCCCCUCCUUACCCGACCAUGUCUCUCUUCUUGCCCCAGGACAUGGCAGGGCUGCUAAAGCCAGUGGCCUGCACCAUGCUGGUCAGGUCCCUCAGGGACCGCUUCCCUGACCUCCCGCUGCACAUCCACACCCACGACACAUCAGGGGCAGGUGUGGCAGCUAUGCUGGCCUGUGCCCAGGCUGGGGCCGAUGUGGUAGAUGUGGCAGCUGAUUCCAUGUCCGGGAUGACUUCACAGCCCAGCAUGGGGGCCCUGGUGGCCUGCACCCGAGGGACUCCCAUGGACACAGGGGUGCCCCUGGAGCGCGUGUUUGACUACAGUGAGUACUGGGAGGGGGCCCGGGGAUUGUAUGCGGCCUUUGACUGCACGGCCACCAUGAAGUCUGGCAAUUCGGAUGUGUAUGAGAAUGAGAUCCCAGGGGGCCAGUACACCAACCUGCACUUCCAGGCACACAGCAUGGGGCUUGGCUCCAAGUUCAAGGAGGUCAAGAAGGCCUACGUGGAGGCCAACCAGAUGCUGGGCGACCUCAUCAAGGUGACACCGUCCUCCAAGAUCGUGGGGGACCUGGCCCAGUUCAUGGUGCAGAAUGGGCUGAGCCGGGCAGAGGCUGAAGCCCAAGCAGAAGAGCUGUCCUUCCCCCGCUCCGUGGUAGAGUUCCUGCAGGGCUACAUUGGCAUUCCCCACGGGGGGUUCCCUGAGCCCCUUCGCUCUAAGGUGCUAAAGGACCUGCCAAGGGUCGAGGGGCGGCCCGGAGCCUCCCUCCCUCCACUAGAUCUGCAGUUGCUGGAGAAGGAGCUGAUAGAGCGGCACGGGGAGGAGGUGACACCAGAGGAUGUACUCUCAGCAGCCAUAUACCCCGAUGUCUUUGCACACUUCAAGGACUUCACAGCUACUUUUGGCCCCCUGGAUAGCCUCAAUACCCGCCUCUUCCUGCAGGGACCCAAAAUUGCAGAGGAGUUUGAGGUGGAGCUGGAGCGGGGCAAGACACUGCACAUCAAAGCCCUGGCCAUAAGUGACCUGAACCGGGCUGGCCAGAGGCAGGUCUUCUUUGAGCUCAAUGGACAGCUGCGGUCCAUUCUGGUCAAGGACACUCAGGCCAUGAAGGAGAUGCACUUCCACCCCAAGGCUCUGAAGGAUGUGAAGGGCCAGAUCGGGGCGCCCAUGCCUGGGAAGGUGAUAGACAUCAAGGUAGCAGCUGGGGGCAAGGUGGCCAAGGGCCAGCCCCUGUGUGUGCUCAGCGCCAUGAAGAUGGAGACUGUAGUGACUUCACCCAUGGAGGGCACUGUCCGCAAGGUCCACGUAACCACAGACAUGACACUGGAGGGCGAUGACCUCAUCCUGGAGAUUGAGUGAUCUUGCCCCAGAUUGGCAGCCUGGCCAUACCCACCCCAAGCCUUCAAUAGACACUGAGCUGCCAGGGCAGGCCCAGGCCAGCCAGUGCCCGAGGGCAGAAAGGCCUAGCCCUGGAGCUCCUGUCCUCAGCUGCUUGUGGCAGGAGACGCACUGCCUGCUGUGGCACAUUCCCUUCCUCCAGCCAUCUGUCUUUUCCCUGCUGGACAGCUGCUCACAUAUUCAUCUCUUGCCAAAUAAGGGUCCUCAACUUGGAGACUACAGGUGGUGGUGUAGGUGGGCCUAAGACCCAGGGGAGCAAAUUUAGGGGUCCUACCUCUUGGGGGAAGAGCUAGGCUCCAAGUCCUGAGAACUUUGCUCAAUAAAACUGGCUUCCCCUGCC